UGGGCCAAAAACCUGCCUUUUUGAGUUCUGCUUUGGUUGUAUGGGGUUUGGGGCCAAAAAACUGCCUUUUUAGCUCUGCUGUGUUUGCAUAGGGGUUUUUUUUUUGUAAAAAAUGUGCUUUUCUCAGAUUGCCUUCUAAUGUUUUCUAUUCCUUCCCUUUUUCCUCAGGUUCAGACUGACUUGGGUGACUUCUCCACGUUCAGUUUGAAGAUUUUUGAAAGGUGUUCAGCAUCUACAGUCAGGAACAUGGGUCCCAAACAAGCAGCGGCCGAGAAGAGGACCAAGGAAAAGAUCACCAUAGAGAUGAAGGAGAUCAUCCGAAAGCAUGACGACGGCAUGCGGGUGACAGACCUCGCCAGGGAGUACGGGAGGAAUCCAUCCACCAUCGGGACCAUCCUGAAGAUGAGGGAGAAGAUCCUUGCGAUGGAUGCAGCCAAGGGAGUCACCAGGAUCAUGCCCAACCGGCCAGCUGUUCUUGAGGAGGUCGAGAAGUUGCUCCUCAUCUGGAUGCAGGAGAAGCAGCAUGCAGGGGACACAGUGACCGAGGCUGUCAUUUGCGAGAAGGCCAAGGCCUUGCACGCAGACCUCAUCCAGCAACAGGCAGGACCCUCAGACGCGGAACCAGAAGUCUUCAAGGCGAGCAGAGGCUGGUUUGAAAGGUUCAAAACCAGAUCCGGAGUUCACAGCGUGGUCAGGCAUGGAGAGGCGGCCAGUUCGCAUGUUCCUGCAGCUGAGAAGUUUGCCUCAGAGUUCCUUCAGGUCGUGGCGGAAGUUGAGGAGCACAUGUCCUCCACGGAACUGAAGGACAUCUGUCGACAGUGGGAAAGCGUGCAGAGGUUUGCACGCCAACACCACCCAGACAAGAUCCUGGCACGUGACCUUGCAAACACUUUAGAUACGAGGGUCAUGUCCUCUUUCAGAGGGAUGCUGGAAAGGCGGCAGAAGCAGCAGUCCAUGGACAGGUUCAUCACGAAGAAGCCAAGAGUGGAAGAGGAACCUGCUGCUCCUGAGGCUAGCCAGCCUGAGACUGUUGCUGCCUGCUCUUCAGCGCCUUCAACCAGUUCUACCAGUUGA